UUACUCGAGCCGGGCACUGUUUGUAAGCAUGGACAAAAGAGGCGUGGACACAUGAAUUUCCCGCGUCUCAUACUCUCAAUUUGGGACGCAAGUCAUGCAUAGAACUCGGAAGCAAUCGGUUUCGUAUGGUCAGCACGCUGAAGCUCCUCAAGCCUAUCUCCGCCGACGUGGUUUCCUUCGACUUCCACCGCUUAGCCUACUUCCUGGACUCGUGCACGGCCGCGGGGGACGCCCGCCGCGGCGCAGCCGCGCAUGCCCGCCUCCUAAAACUCCACGAGUCACUCGGCGGCUCCCUCUCUCUCUGGAACAAGCUCCUCAAUCUGUACUACCGUUGCGGCUUCGCUCCCCGAGCCCAUCAGCUGUUCGACGUAAUGCACGAGAGAGACGCCAUCUCGUAUAACACCAUGAUCUCAGCUCAAAUCCGUAUCAAGCGUAACGCAUUCGAGCCUCUCCGAUUCUACUCUCAAAUGCUGGCCGAUGGCGUGAAACCUAACAACAUCACCUUCUCCUCGUUGCUCGUUGCCUCUGAUGGCAUGAAAGAAUCCCACUUUGUGGAGCAAAUCCAUGCACAUUCGAUCAAACUUGGACUUAACUCGGAUGAAUUCGUGGGGAGUGCGAUGGUGAAUGGAUAUGAGAGGUGUAGAGGGCUAAAGGAAGCACUUUGUGCGUUCGAGGAGAUUGCUGAAUUGGAUUCGGUCUCUUUCAACAUCAUGAUUGAUGUGUGUGCUCGGAGAGGGAGCAAAUGGCAUGCCAUGGACAUUUUUUCUCGGAUGCAAAGGGAGGGAAAUGGAAGCUUUGAUUCCUUCACGUUGACGAGUGUACUAAAAACGUGCUUGGAGAAAGAGGAUUUGAGGCUCGGCAUGCAGCUCCAUGGGUGUGCAUGGAAGGCUGGCUUGGUCUCAGAUGCUCCCGUUGGGAAUGCUCUCAUAACCAUGUAUUCCAAAUGUGGAGGGGGGAUGGAUUCUAUGGUUGCAGCCUUUCGGAGGGUUUUGGAACCAAACAUUAUCUCUUGGACCGCAAUGAUUGCAGGGCUAGUGCAGAAUGGCCUGGCAGAGGCAGCAGCAAGCUUCUACAAAGAGAUGGUGACAUCUGGUGUUAUGGAGAAUGAAUUUUGCUUUGCUAGUGUAUUACCAGCAUUCAGUUUCCUGGCAAGCCUUGUGCAUGGAAAGAUGCUUCAUUGUAGGAUUGUCAAGUCGGAGUUUUCAUCAGAUGUAAUGGUGGGGAAUGCUCUAUUAGAUUUGUAUUUCAAAUGCGGUAGCUUGGAAGAUGCUCAGCUGGUGUUUGAAACAAUGAGGAGCCGUGAUGUCGUGUCCUGGACUGCGAUGAUUCUUGGGCUUGGUCAGCAUGGGAAGGGAAGAGGGGCUCUCGAAAUCUUUGGAGCAAUGGAGAGCAAAGGAUUUAAGCCGGAUGCUGUUACUUUUCUUGCAGCCCUAUCUGCAUGUAGCCAUGGAGGUCUUGUGGAUGAUGGGCUUAGAAUUUUCAACUCUAUGGUGAACCAUUAUGGAAUUAAACCAAAGAGGGAACAUUGUGCUUGUGUUGUUGAUAUGUUGGGUCGUUCAGGGAGGUUGAAAGAAGCUGAGAGGUUCAUAGGGGAGAUGGGGAUAGAAAUGGAUCCGUUGGCAUGGGAAGCUCUUCUUGGAGCUUGUGGGAUACAUGGGGAGAUGGAAUUGGGACAGAGGUCCGCAGAGAAGAUUAUUAAAUUGGAGCCACAAAAGGAUGGGCCAUAUGUGUUGUUGUCGAAUAUAUAUGCUGAACGAAGAAUGUGGGAAGAAAAGGAGAUUUUGAGGGAGAGAUUGGAUGCUAGUGGGUUGAGAAAGGAGCCUGCACGAAGCUGGUUUUCAGGUCUUGAGGUUUGAACAUUGUGAUGAUUAUUGUCAAUGAUUUUACUUCAACUGAUUCUAUAGUACAUUCCACUA